AUGGGCCCCUGUACCGCCUCCUCAUGCUGCUGCCAGGCCCGUAAUCUGUCAUGGGCCCCUGUACCGCCUCCUCAUGCUGCUGCCAGGUCCAGAGUGUGUCAUGGGUCCCUGUACGGCCUCCCAUUGCUGCUGUCUCCAUCGCCACACUCUGCCAUGUGCCACUUUCAGGUCUCCUCACACUGCUGGUGGGUUCCAUUUUGUCAUAAGGUGCUGGCAGAUUACGGGCCUCCCAUUGCUGCUGCCAGACCCGAAAUCUGUCAUGGGCCCCUGUACCGCCUCCUCAUGCUGCUGCCAGGUCCAGAGUGUGUCAUGGGUCCCUGUACGGCCUCCUCAUGCUGCUGCCAGGUCCAGAGUGUCUCAUGGGUCCCUGUACGGCCUCCCAUUGCUGCUGUCUCCAUCGCCACACUCUGCCAUGUGCCACUUUCAGGUCUCCUCACACUGCUGGUGGGUUCCAUUUUGUCAUAGGGUGCUG